AUGUUGUCUUUUUCCAACUGUCUCGUUGUGGGAUAUGUUGCCAUCCAGUCUAUACUCUUUGCAGGCGGCGUGUCAGCGAGGGAUACAACUCCGAUGAUGCCACAUGAUCCCAGUACCACAUCUCAUUGUAGUUGGUGGUGGGACAAUGAUGGUUCGAUUACUUGUUUUGACAUUUUGGAGUUUUGGGCAAUUGACAUCGCUACCAUGACACGAUGGAAUCCGUCAAUCACACCAGAAUGCGGAAACUUCCAACUAGGCAGGUCAUACUGCGUGGAGGCUGUCAACGAACCUGCCCCCGGCGAUUCGAGUCCUAUCCCGAGUGGAACGUCUACAGUAAGGUCAAUUUCAACCUCAUCCUCUGGUUUUACCUCCACAUCUUCGAGUCCACCUUCGUCGACAAGCCAGGUCAUGACUGCUCGAACAACGACCAGCUUGUUCACUUCUUCAACCGCACCAACAACUACAACAACAGGAAACGGCAUCCAGACCCCAGGACCUAUCCAGCCAGGCAUGGUGGCCAACUGCAAUAAAUUCUACUUUGUCCAACCUGGGGAGAACUGCGAGCAGAUAGCUUCGAAGAGCGGUCUGUCUGUUGCCCAAUUCAUUUCCUGGAAUCCCAGUGUAGGUAGUACCUGCGGAUCUCUAUGGGCGAAUGUGAAUGUCUGUAUUGGAGUUGUUGGCUUCCAGCCCAGCCCGACAAAGCCGACAAAUGGCAUACCGACUCCGCAACCGACACAGCCCGGCAUGACGGACAACUGCUACAAGUUCUAUUUUGUACGACCGGGAGAGACCUGCAACGAUGUAGUCGCGAAGCACGGCAUAUCGAUGGGCCAAUUCUCAAACUGGAACCCAACUGUAGGCAGUACUUGCGGUGACCUCUGGGCCAACGUCAAUGUCUGCGUCGCUGCUUUCCAAUCAAUCCCAAGCUACCAGGCUUAUGGCUGUUUCACAGAAAUUCCAAGUCGCGCUCUCAGUAGCGCUGGAUUGACUGGGCAGGCGGCCAUGACUGUAGAGUUUUGCUCUGUCUACUGCAUGAUAGAGAAAGGCAGGUCGUUCUUUGGCGUCCAAUUUGGCGGCGAGUGUUGGUGCGGUGAUGCCCUUGGCGUAGGCAGUCUGAAAGCUGCCGAUGGUGAAUGCAACAUGCCAUGCACCGGAAACAAGGCCCAAAAGUGCGGAGGAGAUGGCAGGUUGAACUUGUACGGCAGGCCUAAUAAUCCGCCUGUGGCGUACAAGGAUUACGGCUGCUACACUGAGGGGACGAACACACGCGCGUUUGGCGUUGCCAACAUAAUGAGCGACUCUAUGAGUGUAGGGUACUGCGCUGACUAUUGCCUUCGUCAAAAGGGCACAGUACACUUCGGCGUGGAGUUCGGGCGUGAAUGUUGGUGUGGGAAUAAUCUCGGCAUUGGCGCUGUUGCGGCGCCCUCCGUUGAAUGCAACAUGGCUUGCGCCGGUAACUCUAGAGAGAAGUGCGGUGCAGCUAACAGGAUCAACGUCUACAGCACACUCGCAACCACGCCGCCGAUGAAUUUCAGAUAUCAGGGCUGCUUCACCGAGUUAAGUAACGAGAGAGCCUUGAGUGGCGCAAACUUGAUUGGUGACCCUAGUAUGACAAUCGAGAAAUGCGCCAAGUUUUGUAUUGAUAAGAACUUCAAACUGUUCGGCGUUCAAUUUGGGAAUGAAUGUUUCUGUGGUUCUCAACGUGCAUCGGGCUCCACUGCUGCCAACCCGGAUGAUUGUAACAUGAACUGUCCCGGGAACCCCGGCCAGAAGUGCGGCGGAAGGAGUAGACUUAACAUCUACCAAUGGAACUGA